AACAAAAAUUACUGCAUUAUCAAGACUUGGUUGUAAUGUAUUUCAGCUUCGUCCAAAUAUUUGUGUGUCUGUUAGUUGGCACUUUGUACGUGUAUUACAGGAACGCUUACGGAUACUCAAAUUUACUAUGGCAAGAAAGUUUCUGUACUUUUCAUUUAUUAUUCGGUGUUCUCACCAAUGUCAGCGUCAUUUGUUAUAGCGCGGGAUUCAUUUGGAUUCUUACAUACAUCUCUAUUCAAUUGUUAGAUACAUUUAUUAUAGACAUAAAGGAAAAAAUACAAAAAAAAGAAGUUAAUAGCAAGACAUCGCUACUGGAACUGUCUUCGAUUGUAUAUUUUAUUAAAAGUAUCGAUAAAAUAUUCAAAACUAUUCAUUCGUUGUUCAUAACAGUUUUCAUUCCCAUAAUCAGCAUAGUAAUUAUAUAUAUGGUAGUUUACGUAACGAUUACAAUCGAAUCUCUGUUGAUAUGCUUUUCAAUAUUUUGGAUGGGCACUGUUAUCCUAAUAUAUUUUCUUUACUUGACAAGAAUUCCUUCGAACAUGGAACGGUUUUUCACUUGCAUAAUGGACAUUUAUUUCCUUGACGAUGACAAUAACAAAAUCGAGGAAGUAUUAAUGUCCAUAUCAAGAGCCGAAGUGGGAUUCAGAAGCAACAAUUUCUUUUUCUUCGAGAAGCAAGCGGUUUUAAGUUAUAUUCUGGAGUUUAUCACACAAUUAAUUGCAUUUUUGAUAAUAAGAAGUAAACCUAUCCUACAUUAGUUCGUAUCCCACCGAAUAUUUCACUGAUAUUUUUGACUUCGUAAACGAAAAAUUCUGUUCGAUGCUUCUUGUUAAUCUCAAUUCAUAUUGGAGAUUUUGAAAUUAGAUGUGUCGUUUAUAUUGUCAAAUCUAUAGUGACUUUACGUCAUCGUAUUCAAUGCCCGUAUCUCGAGACAGUUGAGGCUGGAAUCGAUUUUUAGCGGCUUCGAUUUACUGCAACGAAAUUCAAACGUUAAGUUGAUUGUAAGAAAGUUCUUUAACCAAAAAUAAUUGAUGCAUUUUACUGUGAAAGAAGAAACAGGAGUGUUCUUGUGAUUUACGGCAACGUAAUUGUUUCGUGUAUUUAGAAUCUCUUUUAAUUUCACACACGAAGAACAAUGCUCAGUUAUAGAAUAUAACUAUUCGAGACAAUUGAAAAACAAAGGUGAAAAUUAUAUGUUUUCAUAGCACGAAGAAGUUGGCAGAAAUUCACAGCCAUCUCGACUGGAACUGAUGAAAUAUUGGGCAGAAGAGUUAACAAAACUGUUUAAUAUACUUUAAAGCGAUUCGUUUAUAAGCAUUAAUUAAAUAAUAUUAAACACAGGAGAAUGACAUUUCUGACUCAUAACUAGGAGUCCCAUUUGUAGGAAUGUGGAGUAUGAAACGAAUGCGAUUAUAUGGUUCUUAUUUGUUCAUCAGCGGAAAAAAACUGUACCUAAACUUUGCGCCAUUCGAAAAGUAAAAUGUACUGUACAAGAUCCACGUAUCAUCGUAAAAUUGUAAUACACGCUUCAAUUACUUUAAACUCACUUUCUGUAAUGGGAAACAACAAUUUUACUUUUAGUAUAAUUAUGUAUGUACGAGUAUAGGCAUUAUUAUUGUUAAAAUGUUAAGUGUUAAUAAA